AUGACUGAGGAGCGGAGCUCAGCCAUAGACUGGGCCGCCGAGCUGCCCUGGAUUGCACUGGGAUACAACUGCACCCCGCAGCAGGCCACGCGCCUGUCCCCCUACCAGGUGCUGUGCGCUCGCGCCCCCACAGUGCCGCCCGCGGUGCGCGAGCGCCUGCGGGAGCCCCUGGACUUUGACUGUACAACGGACCAGGCGCGGGACGCGCUCGCAGGCCAGCUGCUGGAGCGCGCUGCCCUGGCCAAGCGCUACUCGAUAAUGGCUGGUGAGAACUUGAGGAUACCGCAGCACCGCGACACGCUGCGGUACGCUCAGGGCCUCACGGGUGCUGAUUUGGAGGACGCCGCUGGCGCGGGAACCGAGCGCGCGAGCCGCGCUGCCAAGCCUGUUGCCCCCUCGCAUAAGCAGGCUGACGCUGACCUGGAGGCACGCGCCCUGCACGGGCGCCUUGUGACAAAGGUGUUCCAUGUGCCGGGCUCCAAGAAGAAGCGGCAGCGCCCCUUCUGGGGGGCGUCUGCACUUCGGCGGCCCCACAUUCCGCCCGAACUACUUCCUGGUGACGUGGGAGGACAGUGA